GCGCCGCCUCGCGCCCAGCUCGGCAAUGCAGCACCCACCAUCAUCAUCAUGGCCCCACCGCCACAAACUCUGGCACCUCAUCAAAGGACAGCCGAGCAGCGAACAGCAGCAGCGGCAGCAGCAAGAGCACAAAGGACCACAAGGACGGCCAGCUGCUCCGGGAAAAGGAUGAAAAGAUUGCGAGCCUGAAGCGCGACCUGGCCGAGAUGGCCACCGAAUUUGAGCGCACGCUGGACAAGCUCUCGCACAGCGAGAGCGAGACGGCGAGCUUCUGGCAGGCAAAGCACUCGGCCCUCAGCCAGCACUUUUCCCGGGCCGAGACGGAGCUGAAGCUGCUCCAGGCGGAGCUGGACGUCCGCAUGGCGGAGCGGGAAGAGAUGCGGGACGCCCUCGACGCGAUGCGGAGGGACCUCGCAGCGCGCGAGGAAGAGGUGCUGUCUCUCAAGGGCCAUCUCGCUAAGAUGAAGCAGUGGAUCAGCGCGAGCGGAAAGAUGGAGGACCAGACGAGCGACCAGGAGUUCGCCGACAUGAUGAUGAAGCUCAUGAACGGUCUGCAGAACUGGGUCAUUUCUCACUUUAAGAAAGCCCGCUUAGGUAGGAGAGACUAUUCCAGACAUAAUACCAAGUUCAUGGAGAUCCGGAUGGCUGAUGGACCAAUGAUGUGCCGAGUAGAGAUCUCAAGUACAGAUGACGACGUGGUUGGAGAGCUGGCUCGCCUAGUGCCGAUGUUUGUGCAAGUCGCCAGCCAGUCUAAACUCGCUCUGCUGCAGAGCAUCGUGUCACAAAUCAUGGUCGAGCUCGUCUUUCAGCCUUAUUUCCCUGGUCUCCCUGAUGACCAGAAUCGCAGACUACGCCAGCAUGAGGAUGACCUGGCAGCAAUGACGGAGGCCAUCAACCAGUGGCGAGCAAGCACAUUGGCUCUCAUACGGAAACACUCGACAGAGGCCAUCCGCCAGCACAGUGCAUCUCUGCUAGACAACAGCGUCGCUCGGCUCAACCAAAUCUUGGAUUCCAUCACCGAUGCAAAUACGACAGACAUGCGUGACCAGGCUGCGCGGGCACUGCUUAGCAAUGCUAUGGAGCUUGCCCAAUCCCUGGCGCUGCAAAAGGCCCGGUUCACGGUAAAAAUCCCAUCUGUCCUUCCUCAAGAGCAUGUGACAUAUGAUCAGUCCACCAUGGAGGACACCGGCGGCGAGGAUGAUGACGACCUUAUUGGUAGGCCGGUGCUGUGUAUCAUAUUCCCCGCUCUCGUGAAGAACGGGGACGCAGCUGGAGAGCACCUGCAUUUCGAAAACGUCAUUUGCAAGGCAAAGGUUCUGUGUACUAGCGAGUAAGCUGUGGGCAUCCACAAGAGUUCCUUGUCUACACGAAAGCCAGCAUAAUCCCAAGCCGUGAGAUUAUGAGCUCGAUUCCGAGAAGCCUGAGAGUACUCUACAGUAGUCGUGCCCAAGACUGCGGUGCAUCCUCUGCCCCGUCUGAUGAUCAGGAAUUUUCGGGUGCGGUUGGCUGUACGACCUCUUGGCGCCCACGAGGACAGGCUGUUAUCGGAGGUUGAGGCUCUGCGGAAAUACUUGAUCCGCUCCCGAAGUUCCGCAAUGAGACAGCGACACGGCUGGUCGAGCUGGCUGGGCUCAACACCCUCUCGCCU